AUGCUCCUUCUUCUGUCCGGCUCGAAGUGUCUGAUCCCAAAGCCGCUGAAACUGAGUUUUCUCGAUGAGGCCGUGAGCAUCGGCGUCACGUUUAAUUGGACGACCAACGUCCCCCACUGUUUUAUAUUAAACGAAGCAAUUAAGCGUUUCAACUGGGGUCUCCGUCUCCGACAUCCACUUAUGGAAAAAUUACCCACACAUGCAUCCACUUUGGAUACACUAAUGAUUUCAAUAAAAGAUGACUGUGAUGAGCGCAUACAGGCAGUAAUGCCAAGAGAAACUAUGAAGGAAGAUUGUGAGUUGAUUCCUCUGUUUCUUUUAUACAUUAUAACUAAUGCAAUUGGAUUCCUUGCUGUGACUAAUAUUUUCAACUUUAGACACGUUGGAAAUUUCAAAUGGGACUAUUCUUAUCAGUGCAUCUGAAGUGUGGGGUGCAAUGCAUGCGCUAAACACGGUUCUACAGCUCACCUUCUCCUCUACGACUUAUAAAGUUAUAUCCUCAAAUUCUAUAAUUUAUCUACACGUCCUUCUAGGCCCUCUUGAAAGGCGUGAGAAUUGAUGAUUCGCCAAGGUUUGCGUUCCGUAGCUAUCUGAUUGACACAUCUCGACACUUUAUUUCCAUUCAAAAAAUUAGAGAUUUUAUUGUAAAUUUAAGCCUUUUUAUUCCUAUCACUAAUCCCACCUAAGGAAGCCAUGGCGUUUGUAAAGAUGAACAUAUUUCACUGGCACAUUGUUGACGAUCAUUCAUUUCCGUUUGAAUCAUCGACAUACCCAGAUCUUUCAAGGAAGGUAAGUGAAUUUUUACACACCAAGACAGUGACUUGUGUAUUUUGCAACGUUAGACGAAGUGCACAAGGCUAGAAGAGAUAACAUACCGAGUAGUAGGAUAACUGCAUCCAGAUGUUGCCUGUACUUAUUGAACUCAGUUCUCAAAAAUAGCGACGAUUUCAGGUGAUAGUAAAAGUGAUCAGGGUCAUAUUAUGCACAAUUGCUCUUCAAGUUAUGACACCGAAAAUCAACAUUAGAAUGUCAAUGGCAUUCGUUGUUUCAAAGAAUAGUUCUUCCACCUAAAGCUGCGCUUUCUUAGUAGACGCUAUAGGGGUAUUACAGUUUAGGUUUACGUAUAUGCUUUCAUGAGAGAAGAAGAACUGCCUGUCUUGUGGACUUGGAUCAUGAUACUAUAUCAAUGAAAAGUUAAAAGUAAGUUAGGGAAAGCACACUCGCCUCAAUAUUUGACGCCUGUGUGAUUCACAAAAAGACUCUGUUUCAUCCACUCAGCGUUCUCAGAGUCGUUGAGAGUAAUAAAUUAAAGUAAUUUUCGGGUUGCAAAAAUCCGAACGAAAAUUGUUUCAUUAACUACCGAAACUGUUGCCAGCAAAUGUCGGUUCUCGAUAUAUGGCCAAUUAAAUAACUGAUAGAUAGGAGUCCAUGUGAUCUCCCGAGAUAAUUUCUAGAUAAGUCAUCGUAUCAACUAAUGCUUUAUAUCUAUCUUUUCGAUUUAGGGUGCUUAUGACCCGUCUGCUGCUGUAUAUACAUUCGACGAUGUGCAGGGGGUUAUAGAAUUUGCGAGACUGCGUGGAAUACGCGUGAUGCCGGAGUUCGAUACACCAGGUACGCAAAAAGUUAUAUACUGAAUUCCCACGGUGCGGAUAAGCUUGUGAGUUAAAUUAAUUGUAAAUUGAGUAUUAACUGUAAUCAUCCGUAUGCUUUCACACGGACCCGCCUUAAGGGUGGGAGCAGAAGGCUGGUGGAUAGGCCAUAGCGCCGUCGGGGGAGUCGUUCUCCUUAUGUUUUCAGCACAACUGAUUGAUAGCUGCAAGCUUUUGUAGUACAGAUAGCCUGGGUACGUUCCUUAAGUAGAAUUCCUUGUAAAAACAAUCGCACGAAAAACCUAAAAUAGUCUAUCUGUGACUGUUUCUACGCAGAUGCGUACACACGCUAUCUAUGCUGCGAAAACGUGCAGUAUUAUCAACCAGUCGUGCCGAAAGAAAAAACGAACGAUCUCUCGGUCUGGGCCAUGACACCGUCCAACAGUGUUGGGCUUCCUCCUUGGGACGGAGCCAUGUGCUAACAGGGUUAGAGUAUAGGCGAGAUCCUUAUACAAGACCUAUUUAAAAUUUGUUUGAUGAUGCUAAUUAAUACUCUGAACUUACAAAAGACUCUAGUUUGGGCCAUAUGAACGUACAGCGACUUUUUACAUUCCCUCAUUUUUCAACUGCAUUCUCCAAAAAGUGGUGUCGAACAUUGUGAGUCAACUUCUGGCUAGGGGUUACUGCACGAAAAACAAGCUGCUGGAGUCAAAACACCUCAAACUUCCACAGCGUUGUGUUAAAAAUAAUUCAACUUUAAAGAACAGUUGUAUGAACAAAUCAAAGGCACCUCCACGGACUCCCUUAUCAGGCUCGAUGCUUAAGCUGGUCAUUCAACAGACAGGACGCUUGACGUUCACCAAUUUCUAACUGAACUUCUACGCUCGUUAUUUUGACGAAACCUUCGCCGUACUCAAAACAUACUACACUGAGCACUCCAUAAAUUGCCGAACUCGAUUGGCCAAAACAUUCAGUUCGCGGUGGAAAGGAGAACAAACACACGAGACGUCAUUCUGGGACGGUGCGCAACUAUGGAACUGCUAUUUACCGUAUUCACAUAGCUUCUAACACUAGGUCAAUACUUCAGACAACCAGUAGCUACCUUUUGUCGCAAAAAGUGACAAACGUGCAGCGGAAGCCAGUAGGAAUGACGGUAGCUCCACAACGCAGCUCAUUAGGCGGAACACAGCCAACAAUUUCAAGUUUUACGAGGCCGCGAUUCGCGCAAGAGGUGACAACCGCGUGAGCUGCGUGCCUCUUGAGUCAUGGUUCUUAGAUCCGCAGUCAAUUAACAAGCGCAAUGAACUGCCUGGACAAAAUACUCGCCCGCGCGGAAGUUUUCGCACGACAGACAGUACCGAUGGCAGCGAGCCAGAUUUUCUAGUUGUCGCCACGCCAAGAAUCAAUAACGCUGGUGAAAUCACGGACAUUACCGACUCGGGUGCGAACCAACAAGGAAUCAGUACAUCAAAACAACCCUCCAACAAUAAACGCGAGGGUUGUUAAUUAGUGUAAGCAUGUGGCUGUCCGGCAACUUCCUUCUAUAAAUACUGCGCACCUUAUGAUUUCAUUAUCCAUUUCUGCCACUGUCUCUGGUAAUGGGUUCGAGUAGCGGUUGGAAUCAUCAAGCCAAUAAGCAUUUUGUUUCAUUUAUCGCAUCAUCAUCAUCAUCAUCAUCAUCAUCAUCAUCAUCAUCAUCAUCAUCAUCAUCAUCAUCAUCAUCAUCAGCAGCAGCAGCAGCAGCAGCAGCAGCAGCAUCAUCAUCAUCAUCAGCAGCAGCAGCAUCAUCAUCAUCAUCGCCACCACCACCAUCACCACCAUCAUCAUCAUCAUCACCGUCACAAUUAUUUUCAUCAUUACUAUCAUCUUCCGAAAAAAACAUGGUUGUCUUCACAUUCUUUUGAAAGUAGUUUAAACUUAUUACAGUUAUAAUGACUAAAGGAGUAUAACUUCGUUACUUCUUCUGGGUUAUCGGAUAGCCGAGCUAUUUUAUCGAGCAAAGCGCAUUUUAAUCUAAUUAGGGACAGCCUUAUGAGAAGCAAAUUGAAAUCCGUGGGACAAUUUUUGCAUCAGAGGAAGUUUUGAUGCUAUCUUCACUGUCACAAUCCCUCGGAGUGGACGUGGAGCAUAAACGAUGGACCACAAUUCAUCGACGUGGGAUGCUAUCUAUGGGCCCCGUGUCGUUUACGGAAACCUCUGAGCCGAUUAUUAAACUUUGUUGCGGUGGUGGGGUUGUAACUGCAUGGGCAAAGCGAAUGGAAAUUGCAUAUCUGCCAACAGAAACGCAGCUUGACAACACGGAUACCAGGCUCUAGCUCUUAAAUGGCAGUGCACAUCGGGAAAACCGCUUUCUGAAACUUGCGGUUUUGCUUACAUCAACAAACUGGCCACAAUUCUAAUUCAUGGAACCACAAUCCUAGACCGAGUAAGUCCAAACGUGUAACGGCCCAAACAGGGUGAGGGGUUUUUAAAUUUUGACCGUAGCAGCAGGCGUUUUGACCAAAAAAGUCAAACUUCCAUAUAAUUUGCCAAGCAAAGAUCAAGCCCAGAUGGCGCGCUGAACUUAAGAAAAUCAAACAGAGCCUGGAAACGAGCCCAAAUGACAAGAAAACAGUGAUUCAAUAAACCAAAUAAACCCCCAGAGAGACAAAAACACCCUUUAUUGAGCCAAUGAUUAGCUACGCAGGCAUUUCUCAAACCUGCCAACAUCCACAAGAGGGCCGAGGAAUCGGAGAAGUCAAAAUCGGCCAGUCCAAGACCGACUAGCUUGUCAACUCAUCCCACUUUCUGUCUGAUUCUGUUGACAAAAUGCUUUGUGAAUGGAAAGUCAGCCAAGUGGCCCGAAACUAUCACGGCAUGACAAAGCUGUUUCGGUGAGCCAUUACUCCUUCUCAACUUGUCAACACGGAGAUUUCAAAUUUGCCUAUAUGAUGACCGGAUGUGUCAGAAUUUGCGCAUCUUUUAACAAUAAGGAAAGUUUCGUUUUCAUGUGUCAUCAUGAGGAAGCCCUAUUUGUCAGUCGCUUUAGAAACGGUGACCUUUCGCUGGAAAUCUCCGUCAGUACCCUUAGCCAUUUACGGUGACUACUCGUGUCGCAGAACAUGCACGAUACACUGAUUGUUGAAAUUCACAGUGUACAGUUGGCAUUUUACCAUUUCCCAUUGACUAGGUUCUAUUAUUCUGUAUACGUUAAUAGAGACUUCAUUUACAAUAGUUCCAGAUCUGAAAAAUUAUUUAAAUCUCGAACCACAAUACAACUAUUUACAGUGACCAAGCAACCGCGCGCUUCCUAUGCAAUCUUUAGGCGAAUAUGUGCUUUCUAUAUUUAUCAAAACCAUCUAUGUAUACAUACCUGUGUGCAGGAUUUAACACGAAGACGUGAUUAUGUAUCAGAGAACUAAAUAGUCAUACUACGAUUUAACGUAGGCCAUACUCAAUCGUGGGGCAAGGGCUACCCAUAUGUCCUCACACAGUGUUUCGAGAGUGGGAAGCCAACCGGUGAAUUUGGACCGGUCGAUCCGUCAAAGAAUUCAACCUUUGACUUCAUGAGAGCCCUAUUCGGUGAGGUAACGAAGACGUUUCCUGAGAACUACCUCCAUCUUGGCGGAGACGAGGUUGAUUUCACCUGCUGGCAAGUUCCUGUUCGGUAUUUAUUUUAUAGACAGGCAGUCAAAUCCAGACAUUACAAAGUUUAUGGAGCAAAUGCACUUUGGUAAGGACUACAAGAAGCUGGAAAGUUACUAUAUUUCUCGACUACUCACAAGUCUUCAACGUCUGCCGGGAUCGGAAGAGACAGUGAGGCCCGUAGUAUGGCAGGAAGUGUUUGACAAUGCACCAGACGUAAGCUGUCAUGUGUCCUGAAAAGUUGGCUUACUUUUUUAUAGCUCUCUGGGAAUGUGACAGUUCAUGUUUGGAUCAGGACUAACUGGGAUGCCGAACUUAGAAGGAUUACCGCGGCUGGUCACGAGGCUAUUUUCUCCGCUUGUUGGUAUCUUAACAUAAUAGGCUAUGGUGAAGACUGGCCGCAAUACUACACCUGCGAUCCGGGGACGUUUACAGGUAAAUUUAAAACGGAUAAUUCCAAACGUUAAAAAAUCCAAAAGAGAACAUAAAAUUAGAUAUCAUUGGGAGGAUUGCAAUGCACUUCCUCUUAAAACACCUUAAACGUUUCAUUAUGACAUCGUUGAAAGUUUCCACUGUUUGACUAAGAAAAUGUUACAAGGAUUGCGACUAACAGCAUUAAUUAGGGAGAGAGAUUGUCUUUAAUUUCGGCCUAUUGGACUUCCUUUUUGACAAAUUCUAGUCAGAAGACCACCAGGCGAGCAUACGCGUGCUUUCGAUAAAUUCACAUCAGGCCAGUACAUUUGUAUGGGAACGAGGUAUAAAGUAAAACGUGUGAGCGAUAAGAGAAAUCGAUUACGGUUCAUCUUUUCAUACGAGUGUGAAUGGAGGAGGGGAGGAGGCACUAAGUACCAUUGAGGGCUAGGUAGAGCCAUGACACACGGGGAGGGGGUGAACAGGGGGACGGAGACCUGCAUACAGUGAAUUGAUCUUUUGCCACGAUAGACGCGGGGCAAGUAAGAGGGUCCGCUGCGCGCACGGGACCGGUCUCCGCAGCCUGAUGGCAGUCGCUUCAGCUGUUGCCAGAACGCGCUGACCCAGUUGCCUAGGUCAGUUAGGUGAGACAUACGAAAGGCUUCGUUGGGCACCACAUGAUGUCCACAAUCAACCAUGUGUGCGAGGGUGGAGCUGUGUACGGUCUUAAUUCCCAGUGCGAGGGUAGAUCUGUGCGUGCUCCUAAUUUCACCUUUCCCAGGCAUGCCGGCAGGUGUUCUCUUAUUCUCGUGCAUGGGCGCCGACUCGUACGACCAAUGUGGCCUGCUUCACAGGAGCAAGUAAAGGAGUAAAUACAUAUAGCUCAUGAAAUGUCAACCGAAAUUCUGAAAUGCGUUUCCAAUUCAAAAAUAUUAAUUAAGUAAGAUUCCAAAACUAAUGACCAUGUAGCUUCAUUAUGUAAUAAUUCAUCAGCCUCAGGAUGCCGGCUUUCGAACGAACUUCUUUCCGGUUGCAUGCAAAAACUAUACUCUGUAAAAAAUGACUACUUAAUUAUCACAGACUUUUCUCAUUAAUUUCCCAUGCCCUCAAAAAAUAAAUUAUAUUUCAUUGAAACAUUCAUAAUAAUAUUUACCCUUCUACUCAUUCGGUAGGCAAUUACGUCUUUUUCAAAUUUUAUACUCAAAGGGGGGUAUAAUUCGGUUUUAAAAAUCUUUUCCAAUUCCCGAAUAAUUUUGAACCCGACCUGCCGUUGCACGUGCAUUCAGGAUUUCCAAAAUACAAGCCGCAUAUUUUCUUCGCGUAUGGAAAACCAUACAUUUCUCUAAGGUAUUAAGAGGAGACCAUAUAGGGUUCAUAAACGUUAACAGUGGAUUUUUGCCAUAUAAUUGAUUUUACAAGCAACAUUUGUAAAUGCAGAGACGACAUUUUAUGAACAGCCAUUUCAAAGUAUUAAAAAAUCUCCCAAAUAAAAGCUUUUUAAAAUCGAACUUCCCCUUUCUUAAUUAAAUUUUUAAGGGCAUCUAAAAUCAAUGAGAAAAAUGCAUGCUACUCACGUAGUCAUUUUUAACGGAGUAUAGUUUUUUCAUGCAACCGGGAAGAAGUUCGUUCGAAAGCCGGCAUCCUGAGAUAAAUGAAUUAUUAUAGAAUUACGCUGCACGAAGUUUUGCAACCCUACUUAAUUAAUCUUUUUGAAAUGGAAACGCAUUUCGGAAUUUCGGUGGACAUUUCAUGAAUUAGCCCACCUACUGUAGCCUCUCCUUACCGUGCAUAGCGGGGUUGGUCGAGGGUAAUACCCGAACUCUUGCUGCCACGAAGGUCCGUGAAACGAUUUGAUCAAGUUGUCUUCUCAGCAGUUCACUCGCUUUGUCCUCUCGAAAGGGGACUUUAAGGAAUAGAGUUUUCUGCCAUCGGUGUUACGAGUUUUGCCAGUUGUUCGGCAAGUUUUCUCACAAUAAAUCUGUCAGGAUACCCGUUCUCGCGAAGCAGGUCCUGGACUCUUCGAAGUUCUUCAUCAAUGCUAUCUGCCGAACAGAUUUUUCUAGCCCUUUGCGCCAAACAAUGGACCAGAGUACGUUUCUGUUGAAAGGGUACGAAACUGCAGAAGAUCGUAUGUUGCCAGACCAGGCGUCUUUUCGAUAGACGCUUUUUCAAUUACUGUCGUUAACUGAUCUGCUUAGAAGGACGUCUGGGAAAGGCAAGGAGCCUGACGUCUACGCCACAUCGUUCCCCAAUAAUGGUUUGGAUACUCAUUCCUCUCAUUACAGUCCCCAAUAAAAUUGGCCGGUUUUUUCGCCUCCACAAGCUUGGUGUUAAAAUUUCGGUACACAUUGAGUGCUUUUAACACCGCGGGCCAGUACAUUUAUAUGGGGACCGGGUACAAUCAGAUUGGAAAGUAGCCGGGUGAGCAGCUCUGGCGAACUAAUCGUCCCAGUACACUCCGAUCUGCUUGUCAAAGUAUUUUCACAUAGUUUCGAGGAGUGUGCCUAUACUGCCAAGAAACUAACAAGAAAAUGGUAUUUUAAUUGAAAACCUAAUACCAUUCUAUAUUUGUCCCGUACAAUGUUUCAGCCCGUUGUAUCUGUCUGUAUUCAGCUCAACAUGCCUUCCUUUUGUCGGGACUAAGACGGUAACGGACAUGUUUGUAACUUUGCAAUAAGGAUCAUGUGUCAGACGACAACUUUAUCAGAGGAUGAAAGUUUUUGGAAGUCACCAGGUUUUUUGUUGGAAGUUAUGGAAUCCGUGAGUCCUGUUCAAAGUCCCCUGGAAGAUUUGAACGAAAGCACACGGUGUUUUUAUUUUGUGAUUGAUACCUUCCUCCGGUGUACCGGCACGAAUGGCACUAAAACCAGAGUCGUACAUGAUCGUAAUCCUAAUUUCCAGGUCGGUUGUCCCCGUUAACGUGUCCUGUUGUUCACAUUAAUUACUGAUUCAAAUUUCAGUUAAAACUCUUGCCGCAUAGAAGUCAAGAAUAUAAUGGUUACGCCGACUAUGCUGACCUGCGCUUAAUCUGUACUCACUAUAUACGUGAGGAAAAUACAGUUAGCUUUCCUUCGCAUCCCAAGACCGAGGCUUCUGCGUGCAAAAUAACUGCUGUUAUUGUGUCUUCUCCCUGUUUUCAGAAGACAAGAAGCAGCAAGCACUCCUUAAGGGCGGUGGCGCAACAAUGUGGUCUGAAUAUGUUGACGACACGAAUUUGAUUUCUCGUUCAUGGUAAGCGGUUUUUCCAGAUAAGUCUCAGGUCAAUAAAAUUUCAAACCAAAGAAAAGGCCUUUUCGGAGGUUAUUGCAUGUCAGUAAGACGACUCUUUAGAUUUAUUUUGAAAAGGAUUCCUCUGUAUGCCUCCACAGUUUUGCGCCUUUGGUUGCUCUUCCUUGCGUACUUUAGUUUGGAUAUUUUCAAGGUCAGUCUUUAGUAUAUUUAUGGGUUCCUUCCUGCUUCCUUUACAGGCCAAGAGGAGCGGCGGUAGCAGAACGACUCUGGAGUCCGCAGUCGGUCAAUAAUGUGCUGGAGUUCCGUCCCCGACUGGAGGAAAUACGCUGCCGAUAUCGACAGUAAGUUUAAAAAGAUAUGUUUAACCUACUUCAUAGCACACAUUGAUGUAUAUCUGCACAACAUAAGACAGUUACUAUAACAAAUUUUCCUUAUCCUAUCUGAUUGAAUAUUAUAACCUUUUAGGCGGGGUAUCGAAGCCGAACCGGCAGUUGGGCCUGGAUACUGUUUCGUCUAUUGA